AUGGCUAGGGAAAGAAGAGAAAAUGUCGGCUUACAUGCCUUCCUACAGGACUACAAGCAGACCAUACAACACAGUUGGCUAUUAAACAAAAUCAGGAGCCAAUGGGUUUUCGAAGAUGUCCAGUUUGAUAGUGCUAGAACUGAGCAACUAUACCAUGAGCAUAGACUCGGCACGAUUCGGGCAAACUGGAAGUUUAUCCUCCUAAUGUUCAAACUUAUGUUCUCUGUUUUCGUUACUUGCAAUCAAUUUUCAGAGGAUUCGAUUACUGAUGCUACAAGAUUUGCACCAUUCCUAAUGCUCAGCCUUUUAUUUCUGUUCAAGUACUAUAUUGGCAAAAGCAAAUUUCUUGCAAGAAACGGCGCGAUUGUGUUUAUUCUUAUAUUCGGUAUUUUAAUAACCAGAAUAAAUCUCGAAAUUGUCCAAUUCAGGCUUUUCGAAGGAUUCAUACUACAUCUCUCAGUGUCUUUCUUAAUGUCAACAUGCCUUAUUUCAGACUGGAGGGUAUCUUCAGCAGCUAUUUUGUUGAUUUAUUCUAAUUUAUAUACUAUGCUGAAGCUUCAUUAUGAAGAAGUACCAAGGACUGUCUUUUAUGCUCUCGCAAGUUCUUCGAUAAUAUUCUGAUUCAAUUCGUUCCUAAUCUCCCGAAAUUUCAAGCAAGAGUUUAUAUCAACUUCAAAUGCAAAGCAGGCUUCUUCACAGCUCAAGAAGAUCCUUGAAGGGUUGCCUGAAGGAGUCACUAUCACUAAUGAACUAAGUGAGAACCUAGAAUUUGUGAACAAGAAGCUCAAGCAGACCUUUGAUGUGUCAUCUUUCUCCACUUCUUCACAGGAAAAUGUAGACCUCGCCCAUAUAAAACAGUCAAUGGAUGACCUAUUCGAUGAUAUAUAUGCUAGAGCGACUUCCACCAGCUUGAGUCCGGAAGACUCACAGUCUUUUGUGCACAAUAUUUUUAACAAAUUCAUUAUCAAAAUCAAGAAAGAUAAAAUUGAAGAAGGCAAAGGAGAAGACCCUGAUGUUCACGUUCAAGAGCAUGAAGAGAUUUUACUCUCAGACUUCCUUAAAGAAGAGAGAUUGCUCUGCAGAAAUUUUAGGCAUAACGAAAGAAGCACCAAAGUCUCAAUUGCUUGGGACAGGAAGGGAAGCUGAAGUGAUGUAGAGUGCUUGGACAGAGAUUUCAUUGUCAAAACUUCACAGAUUGAUGUGAUUAAUGAUCGUGAGAAGCAUACAUUUCUACAAAUGUUCAUUGAUACAACUCAAAUUACUCUACUUGGAGAGGAAAAAGCUAAGAACAAUUAUCAAAGGCAGAUGCUCUCCAAUGUGUCUCAUGAGUUCAGGACUCCUCUGAAUGCGAUGUCGUUAUCUUUGGAGUUAAUGAAGCCUAAUCUGAACGAAUCAUUAGCAAGGUUUCAUAAAAUAGCAUCGUCCUCUUGAGUUAUUCUUCAAGUUUUGAUUGAAGAUAUCCUUGAUCUAUCCAAGAUAGAAGCAGGAGUGUUUGAAAUUAAGGAGUCAGAGUUCACCUUCGGGCAACUCUUUGAUGAAGUCAACUCUAUCUUUGGGAUACAGACCAGAAUGAAGGGAGUGAACUUGAACUUCAAGAUGGAAAGUGUCUUUCAAGAACUCAAAGUGAGGUCUGAUAAGGACAGACUCAAACAGAUUCUGCUCAACUUGAUCUCUAACGCACUGAAGUUCACAGAUGAUGGGUCUAUCAAUAUAAACCUCAAAGUCCAAGAAAUGAGAAGAUUCAGGCGACAUAGAAUGGAUGAAGAUGAUUCAAGCGAUAUUUUAACACCUGAAAUUCUUGAUGAAAUGCCGGUAUUAAACCUACUUCUUGCUACAGAUAAUUAUAAAUUCUCACCAAGUUCUUCAAGGUUUGAAAAGCUUCCAGUACAAAUAGAAACACCUGGAAGGAUUCUACAAAAGAAGCCAGAUGAGCCUCUACAUACAGAUUUUACGAAGGAACUCAAGGUUGAGCUUAGUGUUACUGACACUGGAAUAGGUAUUUCUGAGAAAGACCUGCCUUCUCUCUUCAAACUAUUCGGCAAGACUAGUUCCAACCAUAAUAGGAAUAAAGGCGGGACUGGCCUCGGCCUGACCAUCUGCAAGAAGUUAUGAGAGAAGCUAGGUGGGAGGAUAUGUCUCAGAUCCAAAGAAGGAGUAGGUACUAAGGUAAUCUGCUCCUUUGUAUGUUACUAUUAGACAUAUUUAACACUUGUUAUGUUUCAAUA